AUGAACGUCGACGAAGAAGUUUUGACCAGUGAGUCAUCAUCCACUUCCAACAUACAGGACGACAGAAGUUCCUUAGAAUCCUCGGAUUGGGAUGAACAUUAUUCAUUUAGCACGGAGGAAAAUCCCUCUAAUAACGACAUCGAUCGCGAUCGGUCGUUUCAGCGGUCUGAUGACAAGGAGAGCAAGCAAUUUCAGAGGAUUGUAGGCGAAUCCAAGCCAGUGUACACUUGGAACUGCGAUAGGGAGCUGAUGCAUCGGGAGCACAACAUCAUUAAUCGCAUUGGAUGGCGUGGUGGCCACACCUCUGACCAGAGCUUUGGCCAGGGAUUUGCCGGAUCCCGCCAGGCUGUGGAACAUUUAACCCUACUGAAGACACUGAAGCACGGUUCCGCCUUCAGCCUUAACUUCAACCGGGAAGGCAACUUGAUUAUCUCCAGCACACAGUCUAAAAUCGUCAUCUGGGAUUGGGCGAAUAAUAAGGUGCUACACAAAUUUCGUCCUGACCCCAAGAACUACAUCUAUAAGGCCAAGUUUAUAAGCAGCCACGGUUGUCUGGACAUCGUGUGUUGGACCUACGAGGGCCUGGUUAUUCGGUCGCUCAUCCCACCCUCCGGAGGAGCACCCAAAUCCGAGUGCCUCUUCAGCCAUAGCGACCUUCAAGAGAACUGCAUACAUCAGAUUGUGAUAGUGCCGCAAAAUCGUGACGAGAUUAUGAGCGCUUGUCAAGAUGGAACCAUUAGGAUAUUCGAUCUCCGCACCCCCAGUACGAAAGAAACAAUUUUCCACGUCCGUAAGGACGAAAAUGAUACAGCUUUGCGCAGCAUAGCCCAUCAUCCGAUUGCCCCGGAAUUUUGUGUCGGCGCAAACGAUAAUGUGGUGCGCGUUUAUGACAGGCGCCAGCUCACAAAGCCUAUUUACAAAAUGACCCCGAAUAAUUCUUGUGACUGUCCGACUGUCCACAGCGUCGUUUACAACCACAACGGCAGUGAGAUUUUGGCUUCCUUCAACGAUGGGAAAAACUUUCUUCUCGACAGUCGAAACUGCAGGGAAGACGGUUUUCUGCACUGCUAUUAUGAGGAUUUAGACCGAGUACAUUUCUUCGGACCCCGUUCGCAGUACAUUGUCGGCCGCAAUUCAACGAAUAUAUUUUUCUGGGACAAAAAUACGGAGGAAGUCAUCUGCGGUAAUGCUGGCCCGGAGGCCAGUUAUUUGGGACACCUGGAGGUGCACCCGAUGUUGCCUGUCUUGUCUACUAGUUAUAAUAACUCAGGCAUACAUAUAUGGAUCCCGAAUGGCCUGAACUUGUAG